AUGGAAGAUACCGUAGGAAAGGUAAUACAAAAUUGGUGGUAAUGAUAAUUCAAUUAUAAAAUCCAUAAUAAUAUUUUUCAGAUAAUUAAGUGUAAGGCAGCUGUUGCUUGGGAAGCAAACAAACCGUUAAUUUUUGAAAAUAUUGAAGUAGAGCCACCCAAAGAAAAUGAAGUUAGAUUAAAAGUUCUUGCCACAGCUAUAUGCCAUACAGAUGCAUAUACUUUGGGUGGUAACGAUCCCGAAGGAAAUUUUCCUUGUAUUUUGGGUCAUGAAGGAGCAGGAAUUGUUGAAAGUGUUGGACCAAAUGUCAGAGAAUUUCAACCAGGUGAUUUUAAAAAAAAUUUUCAUACCUACUAAUUUUAUAUGUUAAGUCCAUGAACAAAAAGUAAUGACUUAUUUCAGGAGAUCAUGUCAUUCCAUUAUAUAUUCCACAGUGUGGAGACUGUAAAUUUUGUCUAUCUCCUAAAACUAAUGUGUGUAGUAAAAUUAGAGUUACUCAGGGUCAAGGUAAAAUGCCUGAUGGUACUUCUCGUUUUACUUGUAAAGGACAAUCUCUGUAUCAUUUCAUGGGGUGUUCUACAUUUAGUGAAUACACUGUGGUUGCUGAUAUUUCAUUGUGCAAGGUAAUUUAAUUAUUUACUUGAAUCUAAAAAUAUUGUACAAUAUUAUUUUACUUCUUUAAAUUAAUUUAAUAAAGUUGUUUGUACACAUAUGCAAAAUUAUUAUUAAUUCACUUCUUAUAAAAAUAAUAUUUAAAUCAAUUACUGCAUACUGUUAUUUUAUUUAGGUAAAUCCUACUGCAGCUUUUGAUAAAAUCUGUCUUUUGGGAUGUGGUGUGUCAACUGGAUUUGGAGCUGCUCUUAACACUGCAAAAGUUGAAUCUGACUCUACAUGUGCUGUUUUUGGUCUAGGAGCUGUGGGGUUGGCUGCGAUUAUGGGUUGUAAAGCAGCCGGUGCAAAGCAAAUCAUAGGCGUAGAUAUAAAUGAAAGCAAAUUUGAAUUAGGUUUACAUUAUGAUACAUAUUAUUUAUAGAAAAUUAUCAAUUAUGUUGUUAUUAUGUUUGUUAAUUUUAGCUAAAUUGUUUGGUGCUACUGAUUUUGUAAAUCCGUUGAAAUAUGAAAAACCUAUACAAGAUGUUCUCAUCGAGAUGACUGAUGGUGGACUAGACUAUACAUUUGAAUGUAUUGGAAAUAUUAAAACUAUGGCAAGCAAAAUAAAAAUAAUAUUAUAAAUUAAUAUUUAUUAAGUUUUAUUAUUUAUUAUCAUAGAGAGCUGCAUUAGAAGCUUGCCACAAAGGUUGGGGUGUGUCUGUCAUUAUUGGUGUGGCUAGUGCUGGUCAAGAAAUUUCUACACGACCAUUUCAACUUGUUACAGGGCGUACUUGGAAAGGAACUGCAUUUGGAGGUAUUUUUUUUUAUAAUAUAUAGUAUUAUCAUUUGCAUAGGCGUUGACUUCACAGGAGCUAGGUGGAUAAUUGCCCCUAUACUUUGAUUUUAAGGGGGGUAUAGGUAGUUCCCAUAUUACAGUUAUAACUGAGGUUACCCGUUAAUAUAGUAUUUUGCUUUUAUGUAUAAAAAAAAUACCAUGUAUAGUAAUUUUAGUUUUUUAUUUGAUCCCAUAUUAAAAUCUAAAGGUAGGCACCUAUGAUUGUAUGUGCGUAAUAUAUUAUGAAUAGUAAAUAUCCACAAUACUGAAAGUAGGACAUUUAAUUCCCGAUAACAGGAAAGGUGUUUGAUGUACUAUGUUAUUUUUACUAAUGGUCAAAUUUAAAUAAUUAAAUAAUAUAAAGUUUACACUUCUAAAAUAGUGGUUUUAUAAGAAAUGUUGAGUUUUGCAUUAUCCAUAAACAACAUUAAUUAUUGUAUUAAAACUUCUUGUGAUAAUAGUAAGUACAUUAUUAUUAUUAUUUAUUGACUAUCUUAUAUACAUCGGCAAUUUUGAUUUUGAAAUAACAAUCAUAAAAUAAUUAUGUAUAAAUAUAUAAAAUUAUAAAAUAAAUUUAAUUAUUUAAAUAUAGUUCAUACUUUAGGUUACUUUAAUUUGAUAUGGUAGAAAUGUAUAGUAUAUGACAUUAAAAAUAUGGUGCCCAACUGUGACCCUGUUACCAACUAUAACUAUAGUACCCCUACAUUUUACUUCGUAUCAUAAAUAUUGGGAGGUGAACCAUCCUUUGAUUAAUUAUUUUUGGGAAUUAAAUGUUCUAUCGCAGGGGACAAAACGUCCGCUUAUUUGAUUUUGGUGUGGUGGCGAAACGUUCAUGAUUCAUUAUGGACAUUAAAACAUUAAAAUGUUAUUCAACAUUAUUAAAUAUUUCAGGAUGGAAAAGUAAAGAAAGUAUUCCUAACUUAGUUUGUAAGUACUUGGAUAAAAAAUUGAUGUUAGAUGAAUUUAUAAGCCAUAAACUUCCAUUCACAUUUAUAAAUGAAGGAUUUGAAUUACUGCAUUCAGGAAAAAGGUUAGUUAUUUAAAAAUAAAAUACUUUAGUUUUGUUAUUUAUUAUAAUUUAUUGUUUUAUUCUUAUUUCAGUAUUCGUACAGUUCUUGAGUUUUAA